UUCUGACGAGGGGCCGAAAGAAGAGCCGAAAUAAAGAACGAUAAAUGUGUAAGGGGGAGGCGGUGAAAACUCACGAGUUUCAAAAGGCCCUUUCGCAAUUGGCUACGAGCGCUCAUUCGUGUGUCAGUGAGCGGGACGCGACACACGUUAUUUUUUCGCUCACGAAGCGCUUCGCCGACGUCGUUACGAAGUAGACACAAAUUUGAGACGCACGUGGGGCGAGCAUCGGCCUCCAAACUCUGCUCUAAACUGCACUUUUGCUGCCCGGAAAAUUUAUCGAAGAUUAUCGCAAGGAAGAAAUGUCUUGCGACACAGUUGACGACUUGGAAACGGCCUCGAUGGCCCGUUUGUCGAUCGAUCACAAAACGCUCGCGAGAAAACCACGCAGCAAAGGUGAAACUCGUGGCCAAAGGACUUCCGGUUUGACACAUGAGUGCGGUGUGUUUGGUUGCAUCGCCGCUGGCGAUUGGCCUUCGCAAAUUGACGUCGGUCAAGUUGUUUGCCUCGGACUCGUCGCUCUGCAGCACAGAGGACAAGAGAGCGCUGGUAUUGUCACGAGCGAAGGUGUCUGUGCCAAAUCUUUCCACGUUCACAAAGGCAUGGGCAUGAUAAACAACAUUUUCAACGAUGAAAACAUGAAGAAAUUGCGGGGUAACCUGGGCAUUGGUCACACGAGGUACAGCACCAGUGCGGCCAGUGAAGAAGUCAACUGUCAACCCUUCGUCGUUCAUACCGCUCACGGCGCUCUCGCUGUUGCACACAACGGCGAGCUCGUCAACACGGAAUCCCUGAGAAAAAUGGUACUCGGUCGUGGAGUUGGACUAUCGACGCACUCGGAUUCAGAGCUUAUAACGCAAGCCUUGUGCUUGAAUCCUCCAGAGGGUGAGGUGAACGGUCCGGAUUGGCCAGCGCGUAUAAAACAUUUGAUGCAAUUGGCUCCUCUCUCAUAUUCUCUGGUGAUAAUGCAGAGAGACAAAAUCUAUGGAGUCCGGGAUCCUUACGGUAAUCGACCUCUGUGCCUGGGAAAAAUAGUGCCAAUAGGUAAACUCGCAGGAAGUGAAUCCGACGACGACGACGACGCCGAGGGUUGGGUGAUAUCCUCCGAAUCCUGCGGCUUUCUCAGCAUCGGUGCUCGCUACGUCCGAGAAGUAUUUCCCGGUGAAAUAGUCGAACUCACUCGUGAGGGUAUCAAAACCAUCGACAUCGUCGAGAGACCCGACAAGAAACCUCAGGCUUUCUGCAUCUUCGAGUACGUCUAUUUUGCGAGGAGCGACAGUAUUUUCGAAGGCCAAAUGGUUUAUUCGGUUCGCAUGCAGUGCGGAAGGGUUCUUGCGAUUGAAUCUCCCAUCGAAGCCGAUAUCGUGAGCUCUGUACCGGAAUCUGGAACUGCGGCUGCUCAUGGUUACGCCAGACAGUCGAAAAUCCCAUUCGCCGAGGUCCUUUGCAAAAACAGAUACGUAGGAAGAACGUUCAUUCAACCGAGCACGAGGUUACGACAACUUGGGGUAGCCAAAAAAUUCGGCGCUCUCUCGGAAAACGUCAGAGGUAGAAAAAUCAUUCUCAUUGAUGAUUCAAUCGUCAGGGGUAAUACGAUUGGUCCCAUUAUCAAGCUGCUCCGUGAUGCUGGUGCUAAGCAGGUACACAUAAGGAUAGCAUCUCCGCCACUCAAAUAUCCAUGUUACAUGGGCAUAAAUAUACCAACGAGAGAAGAAUUGAUAGCGAACCGUUUGGACAGCGUUAAGUUGGCGAAACACGUCGGUGCAGACAGUUUGACUUAUCUCUCGGUGGAGGGUCUCGUCGAGGCUGUAAGAUAUGGAAUGGACAACCGGGAGAGUAGUUACAUAGGCCACUGCACGGCGUGCCUCACCGGCGAAUAUCCUGACGAAUUACCAGGCGAUCUCGACUGGUGAAAUAAAGUCCUGGAACAGUAAAGAAAAAAGUGAAAAAAUGUGCAGGAUUUAUUCGAAUUUUUCUACUAUAUUGAUGAUGAAUCCAUCAUGACGUUUUCGUUAAAUUGAUUCACCGGUGAAUUGAUUAUCGAUCAGAUGGAUUCAGUAUUUACAAUGGUUUUGAAAAUAUAGCCACGUGAAUUGCCAUCCUUAA